GAAGCUCAAAUAUGGAGCACACUCGCUCAUCCAAAUGUUCUCCCAUUUUUCGGUGCAAACGUCGACCUAUUUGCACCUUACGUGUGCCUCGUGUCACCGUGGAUGAGCAAUGGUGACAUCAUGUCGUUCCUAAAGCAAAACCCAGGUCAUGAUCGGCUAAAAUCCAUCAUCGAAGUAGCAAAUGCCCUUGACUACCUUCAUAACCUCGAUCCUAUUAUCGUACAUUCCGAUAUUCGCGGCGCUAACAUACUUGUCAAUGACAACUUUACCUGUUGUCUCGGAAACUUCGGGACAUCUUUUGCGGUCGACAAGAUUUGCGCUUCCCCGCUGACAACGCUACAGACACCUCGAUAUCCCAUUUUACGAUGGAUGGCACCUGAACUGAUUCGCUCUGACGAAACAGAAGCGCAGAUUGGGGUGGAACCUGCAUCAAGAGACAUAUAUUCCUUUGGAUGCACGCUGGUUGAGGUACGAACAUCAAUUCUGACAGCUCCGUCUACUCACUGUAUUAUAGAUAUACACAAAUAA